UGGUGGCGAGAUAAUUAUUACACUGUUGGUGGUGAAACUACACUUGGACUGUUUCACAGAGGUCGUCAGGGCCUCUCUAGCUGCGGGCCCUUUCCACUCCAGAGGCUCCAGUUUCAAGGAAAGCUCUCCUACGAAACUGGAAACGCACUGUUAAGAAGCAGGAACGCAGCAGGACUGCAAUCCCCACAAGCCGUGGCGGGCCCUGAGCAUCCGGGACACCGUCCGCAAGGAUCCCUGGGUAUUGUGGUCCAUUCCUUUGGCAGCAACCCUCUGCCGACGGUAAAAUUCCAGCCGAACCGAGGACCACAACUCCCAGCAACCCUUGCUGCCGUGCGGGGGGUCUUCACGUUCUCGUGGCGCGGCGCAGGCGCACUGGGUCCUCGGCGCGGACCGCGCAGACUGAAUAAUAAAAGGGGAGCGGCGAAGAGGCAGGAAGACAGGACCAUGUCGAAGGGCCCCGGGCCCGGCGGCUCCGCAGCUUCCUCGGCGCCCCCGGCCGCUACCGCUCAGGUGCUGCAGGCACAGCCCGAGAAACCGCAGCACUACACGUACCUGAAGGAAUUCCGCACAGAGCAGUGCCCACUCUUCGUGCAGCACAAAUGCACUCAGCACCGGCCCUACACCUGCUUCCACUGGCACUUCGUGAACCAGCGACGUCGCCGUUCCAUCCGCCGUCGGGACGGCACCUUCAACUACAGCCCUGACGUUUACUGCACCAAGUACGACGAGGCCACAGGCCUCUGCCCGGAGGGCGACGAGUGCCCAUUCCUGCACAGGACCACAGGGGACACUGAGCGCAGGUACCACCUCCGCUACUACAAAACUGGAAUCUGUAUCCACGAGACAGACUCAAAAGGCAACUGCACCAAAAACGGCCUGCACUGCGCUUUUGCCCACGGGCCCCAUGACCUCCGUUCCCCUGUCUACGACAUCAGAGAGCUCCAGGCCAUGGAGGCCCUGCAGAACGGCCAGACCACAGUAGAGGGCAGCACAGAGGGCCAGACGGCUGGGGCUGCGAGCCACGCUAUGAUAGAAAAAAUCCUCAGCGAGGAGCCACGGUGGCAAGAGACUGCUUAUGUGCUGGGGAACUAUAAGACGGAGCCAUGCAAGAAGCCCCCGAGGUUGUGUCGCCAGGGCUAUGCCUGUCCCUACUACCACAACAGCAAGGACCGGCGGCGGAGUCCCCGGAAACACAAAUACAGGUCAUCUCCGUGUCCGAACGUAAAACAUGGGGAUGAGUGGGGAGACCCUGGCAAGUGUGAGAACGGAGAUGCCUGCCAGUACUGCCACACACGCACGGAGCAGCAGUUCCACCCGGAGAUCUAUAAAUCCACCAAGUGCAAUGACAUGCAGCAGUCGGGCAGCUGUCCCCGAGGACCUUUCUGCGCCUUCGCCCACGUAGAACAGCCGCCUCUCAGUGAUGAUCUACAACCUUCUUCAACUGUGUCAAGCCCCACUCAGCCGGGUCCCGUCUUGUACAUGCCAUCUGCUGCCGGAGACUCGGUGCCCGUGAGCCCCUCCAGCCCACAUGCCCCUGACCUCAGCGCUCUCCUCUGUAGAAACAGCAAUCUAGGAAGCCCAUCUAAUCUCUGUGGCUCCCCCCCGGGCUCCAUCAGGAAGCCCCCGAACCUGGAAGGCAUUGUCUUCCCUGGGGAGUCUGGCCUCGCCCCUGGCAGCUAUAAGAAGGCUCCUGGCUUUGAGAGGGAAGACCAGGUGGGAACCGAGUACCUGAAAAAUUUUAAAUGCCAGGCCAAGUUAAAACCCCAUUCACUAGAGCCCAGGAGCCAAGAGCAGCCUCUGCUUCAACCCAAACAGGACGUGCUGGGCAUCCUUCCCGCUGGCAGCCCCCUGACCUCAAGCAUCUCUUCCAGCAUCACCUCCAGCCUGGCAGCUACUCCCCCUAGCCCUGCUGGCACCAGCAGCGUCCCUGGCAUGAACGCGAACGCUCUGCCCUUCUAUCCCACCAGCGACACGGUAGAGUCCGUCAUAGAGUCUGCCUUGGAUGACCUGGACCUGAAUGAGUUCGGGGUGGCUGCCCUAGAGAAGACGUACGAUAACAGCACAGUGCCCCACCCAGGCGGCAUCACAAUUGGUGGCAGUUUGCUGCAGAGCUCUGCGCCCGUGAACAUCCCCGGCUCCUUGGGCAGUUCUGCUUCCUUCCACUCGGCAUCCCCGUCCCCUCCUGUCAGCCUCUCCUCGCAUUUCCUGCAGCAGCCCCAGGGCCACUUGAGCCAGUCAGAAAACACAUUUCUGGGGACCUCAGCAUCACAUGGAUCUUUGGGUCUCAACGGGAUGAAUAGCAGCAUCUGGGAGCAUUUUGCCUCUGGUAGCUUCUCCCCAGGCACUUCCCCGGCCUUCCUGUCAGGGCCAGGGGCUGCUGAGCUGGCCCGGCUGCGGCAAGAGCUCGAGGAAGCCAACGGCACCAUCAAGCAGUGGGAGGAGUCCUGGAAGCAGGCUAAGCAGGCUUGUGAUGCCUGGAAGAAGGAGGCAGAGGAGGCCGGAGAGCGGGCCAGUGCAGCAGGCGCCGAGUGCGAGCUGGCCCGGGAGCAGCGGGAUGCACUGGAGGGGCAGGUCAAGAAGCUGCAGGAAGAGCUGGAGCGGCUGCACUCGGGCCCCGACCCGCAGGCCUUGCCCACCUUCUCUGACCUGGAGGCCCUCUCGCUCUCCACCCUCUACUCCCUCCAGAAGCAGCUGCGGGCCCACCUGGAACAAGUGGACAAGGCCGUGUUCCACAUGCAGUCGGUGAAAUGCCUUAAGUGUCAGGAGCAGAAGCGAGCGCUGCUGCCGUGCCAACACGCCGUGCUGUGCGAGCUCUGUGCCCAGGGCAGCGACUGCCCCGUCUGCCAGCCCAGCCGCGCCCACACCCUCCAGUCGUGACCCUGCAGGCCUGGCCCCGGCCCGGCUCAGAUCUUCUUAUCUAGGACUUUUUAAAGUAUAUAUAUGUAUGUAUGUAUGUAUGUAUGUAUGUAUGUAUAUGUAUAUGAUUAUAUGUAUACAUUUCUGUACGUGUGCAGGUAUGUGUGGGCAGCAGUGUGUGAACAGUGUCCGUGUGUAUAUCUGUACAUAGAUAUAGACACACACUUUAAAACAGACUUACCAAGCACUUUUUAAAAGAAAAAACUAUUUUGCAGCCCUGCCCUUGCCCACUCUCUCCUUUUCCACUGCAGAGACAAAGUCCCCUCAUUGCCCACCGGCUUUUUGGCAGGGGAUGUGUUUCUCUUUUUAACGUAGGAAAACUAACUAGUUUGAACUUUUUCCUGGGGCCUGAGCAGGAAGCUGAAAGGGGCCAAGGGGAGGAACCAGGCCUUCAGGGCAGGCCCUGUUCACUGCGCCUCCCCAGGCCAUGGCCAGAGCCAGGGGUGUGGACAUCCCCAGGGCCAGACCUGGUUCCCAGCCACGAGGCUUGAGAAGGGGGGUGUGCUGGGGUCUAAGCCAGCCUAGCUCCUAGGUUUACCAAAUGCGUAUUUAGUCUGGGGUUGGCAGGCCAAAGCUGCAGGGGCCAGCCCCGCUCCCAUCCCUGGGCCCUUGAAGCUCCUUGAGGGGCAAGGCCCGGGAGUUCUACCCCUCAGGUUCCUGAGGCCAGGAGUCCACCUCAGUCCUCUCCCUCCGGGCCCCCAGAGCAGCCUCCCUGGCCCCAGGACCCCUUACCAGAAUGGCACUGCCCUCUUCAUAACCCUCUACUGCUGUCAGCGUCCCCCCUCCCCCCCUCCCUCUGGCAGCUAGCGGGGCAAAUGGCGGGAAGGAGCUGCGGACUGGGGACCAAGGUGGGGCGUAGGCCCUGCCCUCCUCACCGGGAGGGGCUCCGUAUGCAUUCCUUGGUGCUCUCUUGAGUGCAGCUGACGUCCUGCCCGUUUGGAGCAGACGCCUGUGUACGUGUGUGUGCGUGCCUGUCCAAUGUAUAUUGUGUCUUAGCUUCCAUUUUAAAAAUUGUUCUGUACAGAAAGAUGCAGCGGGGCGGGAGGGGCAGAGCGGGCGGAGGGAAGCCGCCCUUGUCCCAGCGCUCGGGGUCUGGGGUGGGAGCGAGAGGGCUGUGAAGGGUCUGGCCUGGCCCAGGCUCCCCCUUGGGCUCAGCACGAAAGGGCUUUCAAUGAAUUAAGUGAAAACUUUUUUUACAAAAAUUCAAAAAUCAACAAAGCUCCAAACCUAUUGGAAAUAAAAUAUGAACUUACA